CCUCUGAGCUCUAGGAUAGAAAAAAAGAAGCUUGGCUAUAGUCAGAUACAUCCCUGCCUAUUAAAGGAAACUAAACCUCUAACAUAUGAGGAUAUAGAAACUGUGUCUUUUGAUCCAGAAUGGGAACAACAAGUGAUGAAAUUGUGUCCAUGGAACAGACUUCCUCUUCCUCUUCUCUUAACCCCCUGUGCUUUGAGUGUGGCCAGCAGCACUGGACCAGAGAAAACCACUUGUACAAUUACCAGGAUGAGGUGGAUGAUGACCUUGUCUGCCACAUUUGCCUUCAGCCCCUGUUGCAGCCACUGGACACACCCUGUGGACACACAUUCUGCUACAAGUGCCUCCGAAACUUUUUACAAGAGAAAGAUUUUUGUCCAUUGGACCGGAAAAGACUUCACUUCAAGUUGUGUAAGAAGUCUAGCAUUCUAGUUCAUAAACUUCUAGACAAAUUAUUAGUUUUAUGUCCAUUUUCCUCAGUAUGUCAAGAUGUGAUGCAGCGCUGUGAUUUGGAGGCACAUCUUAAAAACAGAUGUCCUGGAGCUUCUCAUCAGAGAGUUGUCCUAGAGAAAAGGAAAACUAGUAAAACUCAGACGGAGAUUGAAAAUGAAAGUGGAUCCACUGUAAUAGAUCCUCUAGGUACUCUAUCCCCAGAAACAGACUGUUCAGGGAUGGGAACAGGCACAGUGCCUACCGAGCGGAACUCAACAUUAGCCUGUCUUCCCACCUGUCCUGAGGGACCUGGCCUGGACAAUCCUGCCUUCGAAGAGAGCGCUGGAGCUGACACCACACAGCAGCCACUUAGUUUACCAGAAGGAGAAAUUACCACCGUUGAAAUCCACAGAUCUAAUCCAUACAUUCAGUUAGGAAUUAGCAUCGUGGGUGGCAAUGAAACGCCACUCAUUAACAUUGUCAUCCAGGAAGUCUACAGGGAUGGGAUCAUCGCCAGAGAUGGGAGACUCCUUGCUGGAGACCAGAUUCUUCAGGUCAACAACUAUGAUAUCAGCAAUGUGUCCCAUAACUAUGCUAGAGCUGUCCUUUCCCAGCCCUGCACCAUGCUGCAUCUCACUGUGCUGCGGGAGAGGCGCUUUGGCAAUCGAGCAUAUAACCAUUCUGAUAGCUCUCCACGGGAAGAAAUUUUCCACGUGAUUCUUCAUAAACGGGACUCUGGUGAACAGCUUGGCAUUAAGUUAGUGCGAAGAACAGAUGAGCCAGGCGUUUUCAUCCUUGACCUGCUGGAAGGGGGGCUGGCAGCCCAGGAUGGCAGGCUCUGCAGCAACGACCGAGUGCUGGCCAUCAACGGGCAUGACCUGAAGCAUGGAACGCCAGAGCUUGCCGCCCAAAUCAUUCAGGCCAGUGGAGAGAGGGUGAAUUUAACAAUUGCUAGACCUGGGAGGCCCCAGCAGGGUAACACCAUCCGAGAUGCAGGAACUCAUGGCAGCAGCCAGUACCAUACACAGCCACUGUCUCACAACAGACCAAGCUCACAUAAGGAUCUUACUCAGUGUGUUACAUGCCAAGAAAAACAUAUUACUGUAAAGAAGGAACCACAUGAAUCCCUUGGAAUGACAGUCGCUGGAGGCAGAGGAAGUAAGAGUGGUGAAUUGCCCAUCUUUGUGACCAGUGUGCCACCUCACGGCUGCCUUGCACGAGAUGGCAGAAUUAAGAGAGGUGAUGUAUUGCUAAACAUCAAUGGCAUUGACUUGACAAACUUAAGUCACAGUGAGGCUGUUGCUAUGCUGAAGGCCAGUGCUGCUUCCCCGGCUGUUGCCCUCAAAGCACUAGAGGUCCAGAUCAUCGAGGAGGCCACUCAGACCUCAGAGGAGCUGCCAAGUACUUUCAGUGAAAAUGAGUAUGAUGCGAAUUGGUCCCCGUCGUGGGUCAUGUGGCUUGGGCUUCCAAGUGCCCUUCAUAGCUGCCAUGAUAUAGUUUUACGAAGAAGCUACUUGGGAAGUUGGGGCUUCAGUAUUGUUGGUGGAUAUGAAGAGAACCACACCAAUCAACCUUUCUUCAUUAAAACUAUUGUCUUAGGAACUCCUGCUUAUUACGAUGGGAGGUUAAAAUGUGGAGACAUGAUUGUCGCUGUAAAUGGCUUGUCUACUGUGGGUAUGAGCCAUUCUGCCCUGGUUCCCAUGUUGAAAGAACAGAGGAACAAAGUCACCUUGACCGUUAUUUGUUGGCCUGGCAGCCUUGUGUAGAUUUUUGAAAUUGGUUUCCAGUCUUCCUUCUUCUUUUUUAAAUUUUUUAAAGAAAAUCCUUUGGUUGCAUUGUGCUAGGAGAUAUUGGCACAGCUGGUAGACCCAGGGCCCAAAACAACUAAGGUCAUCUUUUUUAAAAUUAUUAUUAUUUAAAUGGUUUUCUAAAGUUAGCUACAAUUCUUUUAGCUUGGAGACAGUCUUCCACUAACCCUGGUGAGUUUAUAUUUUCAGAAUUCAAACUCUCAGGUCUUUAGUAAUGAAUACAGCCCACCCAAACGGUGACCCAGCCAGCUAAAUUAAAGUGGUGGUUCUUUGUUUUCAGUAACUGAAUGAUAAAAUGAGUUAUAUGUUUCCCCAAGACUGAUGUUAGUGCAGCCGCAAACAAUAACAUUUAGUGCUGUCACAAGCAAUGAUAUGAAUAGAUACAUUUUACAUUUGAGUGAUAACCAUUGCUUGUUUUUCAUUGGUGCCAACAUUUCAGCACUUCAUACUGUUUAGAAAGUGAUUUUUCUGGUUUAUCUACUAGAUGAUGAAGACAUAAGUCUGACAGUGCUAAAAAUUUUUUUAAAAAAUUAAUGUACCUUUAUUAGAAGUGUAGAGAAUAAAAGCUAAUGUAAGCUAUUAUGUAGAGACAAAGGAGUCAGGAGGUUAUUAUACCCUAGUACAGGUAUGGGUAAAGCCGCAUUUACUGUAACAGUCCAAAGGCACUCAAGAUUCAUUUCCAAAGGAAUGUUUUGCUACACAGAAAAUUUUUGAAGCCGUUUUUGCUAAAAAUCAUUUCUAGAGUUUGUAUUAUAUUUAUCAGCAAUCUUGUCUGUAAAUGUUUUUGUGAUUUAUCCAAUUAAGCUAGAUGAUAAAGCUAAAACCACGUUGCUAUUAAAUACACACAAACAUACACACACAUCAUAGCUAAGUAGAAAAGAGACCUUUUUAUUUUAUUCA